AUGUCUUUUCAGAUUUCUGGUCAGGCACCCUGGAGAAACAACAAUCUUACUUUUUUAAACAAAGACCACCCACUCUCUGAACAAGGAGAAACUAUUAUUGGCUUUUAUCUGCUUGCUUUGGGUUGGAUGUCUUGGAUUGGGAAUAGCAUUGUAAUUUUUGUAUUAUAUAAACAACGAGCUGUUCUUCAACCCACGGAUUAUUUGACAUUUAAUCUGGCUGUUUCUGAUGGCAGCAUUGCUAUCUUUGGUUAUUCUCGUGGAAUCAUUGACAUUUUCAAUGUGUUUCGAGAUGAUGGCUUCCUUGUUACAUCAAUAUGGACUUGUCAGAUUGAUGGAUUUCUGACAUUGCUGUUUGGCCUCGCCAGUAUUAAUACACUCACAGUGAUUAGUGUAACUCGUUAUAUUAAAGGGUGCCAUCCCAACAGAGUAUAUUAUAUCAGCCUGAGCAGUGUCUCCUUUGCUAUUUUUCUUAUCUGGACAACAGCUUUCUUCUGGUCACUGGCUCCACUCUUGGGAUGGGGGAGCUAUACAGACCGGAUGUAUGGAACAUGUGAAAUCGACUGGACAAAGGCCAAUUUCUCAACCACAUAUAAGUCAUACAUUGUGUCAGUGUUCAUCUGCUGUUUCUUUUUGCCUGUGAUAGUCAUGGUUUUCUCAUACACGUCCAUCAUCAAUACUGUUAAGUCAAGCCAUGCAUUAAGUGGAAUGGGUGACCCAACGGAUAGGCAGCGGAGGAUGGAACAAAGUGUUACCAGGAUCUCUCUUGUAGUCUGCACGUGUUUUAUUGCUGCAUGGUCCCCAUAUGCUGUCAUUUCCAUGUGGUCUGCCUGUGGUUACACCGUCCCCAACUUAACCAGCAUCCUUGCCAGCCUUUUUGCAAAAUCUGCCAGCUUUUAUAACCCUAUCAUCUACUUUGGGAUGAGCUCCAAAUUCCGAAAAGAUAUCUCUAUCUUCUUCCACUUUGCCAAGGAAAUCAAGGACCCUGUAAAGCUCAAACAGUUCAAGAUCCUCAAGCAGAAAAUGGACAACUCCCUAUCUCAUGGAGAAGAGAAGAAGGCAACAAAUCCACAACCUGCCCUGCAUUCUGAUUCAGAGAAGGGGAGUCAUUGUAAUACGCCUCCCACAGUAAAAAGAGAAGAGGGUGUGGUUGCUUUCGAUGACUUGCCCUCAAAUCCUAACAUUGAAUGUGAUCGACUGUGA